CGCCGACAGACAUCGUCAGGCAUCGCUAAGCGGCGGUGGAAGAUUCCACAAUAUUGGGCCAUACGAAGAGCACGCGUAUAAGAUGGCCUGACUAGUCUCUUUGUCUUGAUCACAGGAAUCGAAAGCAGCACUCACAUUCAACUCACCACAGCCUCACAGCUUCCAGGCCCCGCUCACCCCAUCGAACGACAUCUCACCGCGCAACAACGUAAUAAAAGCACGGCGACCUGCUUCGAGGGACCAAGCAAAAGCAGAAGAACCAACUACCACAUCAACAACAUGCCGAUCGAAAUCAACUCCCCGCUGCAAUUCCGUACCCUCCUCAACGGGCACACCUACCUCGUCGCAGAUUUCACUGCGACUUGGUGCCCGCCCUGCAAAGUCAUCGCGCCCAUCUACGAGCAACUCGCCUCUGCAAACGCCAUCGCGGGCAAACUCGCUUUCGUCAGUGUCAAUGUCGACGAGCAGCAGGAGGUGACCGCCCAAUACGGCAUCCAGGCUAUGCCCACGUUCCUGAUAUUCAAGGAUGGGAAGCAGAUUGAAGAGAUCAAGGGCGCUAAUCCGCCGGCGCUAAAGAAGGUGGUGGAGAGGAUCGCAGCGGAUGUGAAGACGCAGGUUACGCCGCCGAAGCCGAAGCCUGCGGAGGAGAAGAAGGAGGGAGAGGAGGAGCAGACUGUCAGUGGGAGCUACGAGAUAACUGGUGGCAAACACUGGAAGAUGUCUUUGACCUGAAGGACCCGCGCUUCCAGGCGUGGGUCUCGCUGUGGCUCGUAGCCGUGUUGGGAUAGCAUGGCUCGGACGGCUUCGGGCCUAUGACGCUCGUUAGGGGAGAGCUUGGAAUGAUUUGAUACCCAGUUGGAUUGGCGUUGGAUGUGAUAUUUUGGGAUAGGUGUAACAUCCAAUGAUUAUGAUUUUGUAUUUCUACUGAGCCUUAACCUAAACCUUUGAAGCAAUUGAGGCUGGUGACUAUGCCAGACUACCACCGAUAGUGACGAAGUAUCCAG